AUGUUUCCUCAGGUUUUUCAGGUGGUUCUACUAGUGCUCACGUUGCUAUCGGGUACCGAUGCACGUCGGAUGAGAAAAAGUGAGCUGCAUGCUCGACAGCAAGAAGCAGCAAAACGUUUCCAAGAAAGAGCGGCGCCGGUAACUUCUGGACCUCAUGUAGAGAGACGUUCCGGCGUGCAAAACAUCACAUUCUCUAAUCCGAAAGCUUCUGAGUUUUGGGUGGAUGGUUCGAAUUUCCCUGAAGUAGAUUUUGACAUUGGACCAAGUUGGGCAGGAUUGUUGCCUAUAUCAUCCUCUCCAGACGAAACUCGGAAGUUGUUCUUCUGGUUUUUCCCUCCUGGUCCCGAAGGGAGUCUGGAUGACCUUAUAUUUUGGACGAAUGGUGGACCCGGGUGUUCUUCUUUGGAAGGAAUCCUGCAAGAAAACGGACCGUUUUCGUGGAGCUGGGGAACUGCUCAACCCAUUGUCAACGAGCAAAGUUGGACCAAUCUAUCCAGCGUGUUGUGGGUCGAGCAACCAGUCGGAACGGGUUUCUCACAGGGAACACCCAAUAUUACGAACGAGAAUGAUCUAGCAGAACAACUAGUCGGAUUUUUCAAUCAGUUUUUGGACAUCUUUUCUGAAUUGAAGGGAAAGAAUUUCUGGUUGACGGGUGAAAGUUACGCUGGGAUGUAUGUUCCCUAUGUUGCGAACUUUAUCUACGAGAAUCCGGGUAUAGUGGAUUUAAACCUCAAGGGUAUCUGGGUCUCGGAUCCUGUGCUUGGAUGGGACGUCGUGCAAGAGCAAAUCCCGGCAGUGGAUUUCGUGCACAAAUACGAAAAUGUCUUUGCUCUCAGUGAAACCGUAAUGGCCCAGCUCGACGCUACUGCUGAGAAGUGCAACUACACAGGUUAUGUGGACAAAUUUGUAACUUUCCCUCCUGCUGGCCCGCUCCCACUUCCUGGAGACUCUACGGAAGCUGCUCGCGGGUGUGACGUCUGGGAUACCAUCUUUGACGAAGCAUUGGCCGUCAACCCGGCAUUCAACAUCUACCGAGUCUUCGAUGUGUUUCCGAUUCUAUGGGAUGUUCUUGGAUUCCCUGGUUCCUUCCCCGACGUUCAACUUUCGCCGUUGUACUUCGACCGAGAGGACGUCAAAUUGGCCAUCCACGCACCAGUCGACGUUGACUGGACUGAAUGUUCUAAUGUGGAUGUUUUCCCUCGUGGGGAUUCAAGUCUUCCCCCAGCAUUUACGGUUCUUCCGAAUGUCAUUGAGAAGAGUGAAAGAUCUGUGAUUGCCCAUGGACUGGCCGACUUCAUUCUGAUUGCUGAAGGGUCGAGAAUCGUGAUUCAAAAUAUGACUUGGGGAGGCUUGCAAGGUUUCCAAACACCCAUUGCGAAUGACAGUCUCAUCGUUGGAGGAGUCUCGCUCGGAACUUCUCAUACUGAACGGAACUUGACAUUUGUUGAGGUAGUCCAGAGUGGCCAUAUGAUUCCUCAAUUCUCUCCUCUUGCUGCAUUCCAAGUCAUGCAAUUCCUGUUGGGAUUUAGAGAAUCACCCACCGAUUAG